UCAACGCGGACGCCAAGGUGCUCAAGGGAACCAAGCUCAACUUGAUUCCCAUGGACACCAACUGCAGCGGCUUCCUUGGCACCAUCAAAGCGCCGCCGUCUCCGCUCGUCGCCGCCUGCGCUCCCGCAGCCACCGCGAGAACCGUGGUCGCUUCCCGACGUCCGAGCUCGCGCCAUGGACGCUCCUCGACGCCCCCCCCGUGCCAUGGCCGCUCCUCGAUGCCCGCCGCCGAGUCGUCACCAACACUGCCGCGUCGUCACUGCCAUCUGCACCCCCUGUUGCCACCAUCGCGUCGUCGCCGCCCUCCCCGCUGCCUGCGCGUUCCACACCGGCGCCGCAUGCACCCUCUCCACGCCCACUGCCAUGUCUAACCGGUUAGGGGAAUUUUGUUCAGAUUUGCUCAAAUUUCAUUCAAAUCCUGUAGUGGACACCUAUCCGAAAUUUCCGAAUUUCAUCCAAUUCGGCGGGCUACGAAUCUUUUUCUGAAAAUAAUCCCAGAACCUUGGCUACGAAUAGCUUUGGAGCUAAUGGAGAAAAAUGUAGUUGCUGUGAUUGGCCCACAAUCCUCUGAGAUAGGCCAUGUCAUCUCUCAAGUUGUCAAUGAGUUACAUGUUCCUCUUCUAUCAUUUGCGGCGACGGAUCCAACUCUUUCUGCAUCAGAGUAUCCUUACUUCAUAAGGACAACCACAAGUGACUACUUCCAAAUGAAUGCCGUUGCUAGCAUUGUUGAUUACUAUCAAUGGAAAAGAGUGACUGCUAUAUACGUCGAUGACGAUUAUGGGCGAGGUGGUGUCUCGGCUCUUGGCGAUGCGCUUGCAUUGAAGAGGGCACAGGUUUCAUAUAAAGCAGCUAUUCCUCCAAAUUCAGACACAGACGUGAUCCGUGAUGUACUGUUUAGAGCAAACAUGAUGGAAUCAAGGAUCAUGGUUGUGCAUGUCAAUCCUGACACGGGUUUGAGGGUAUUUUCUGCAGCUAAGAAGCUCCAGAUGAUGACCAGUGGCUAUGUCUGGAUAGUAACUGAUUGGCUAGCUGCUGUCCUCGAUUCCUCCCCCGCAUCUAGAGAUCCUAAAAACAUAAGUAAUAUUCAGGGAGUAAUUGUUCUUCGUCAGCACACUCCUGAUUCUGAUGCCAAGAAAAAGUUCAUAUCUAGAUGGAACACUGUGGCUCGUAACAGAAGUAUGACUUCUGGACUGAACUCAUAUGCUUUCUACGCUUAUGACUCAGUUUGGGCCGUUGCUCGCUCUGUCGACCAAUUUCUCAAUGCUGGGCAACAGAUCAACUUCUCAACAGAUCCAAGGCUGCAUGAUCCAAACGGCACCACUUUGCGUCUGUCAACUCUCAAGAUAUUCGAUGGUGGUGACCAGAUGCUGCAGCAACUUCUCCUCACAAACUUCACAGGUCUAACAGGUCCAGUCCGAUUUGAUUCAAGCGGCAAUUUGGUACGCCCAGCUUAUGAUAUCCUCAAUGUUGGCCCCUCCGGUGCCAGCUUGGUCGGCUAUUGGUCCAACUAUUCAGGCCUUUCUGUGUCUGCUCCUGAAAUUUUGUAUCAGAUGCCAUCAAAUGCAUCCAGUGACUAUCAGCUGAAGAAUGUGGUAUGGCCUGGUGAUUCAACUGAUAUACCUAGGGGCUGGGUGUUUCCGAACAAUGGCCAGCCUCUCAGAGUUGGGAUCCCAGUUAAACCAAGCUUCAAGACAUUGGUGUCAGGCAGUAGCCCUGAUACUGUGAGGGGUUACUGCAUUGAUGUUUUCAAGUCAGCAAUUAAACUGCUCCCUUACCCAGUUCCUUACCAGUUUGUACCUAUUGGGGAUGGCACAAAGAACCCUAGUUACGUCGGCAUUGUUGGGAUGGUUGCUUCCAAUACACUUGAUGUAGCUGUAGGCGACUUUGCGAUAGUGAGAAAUGGAACACGGCUUGCAGAGUACACACAGCCUUACAUUGAUUCAGGGCUUGUGAUAGUGGCGCCAGUGAAACAUGUAAGCUCAAGCGCCUGGGCUUUCCUUAAACCUUUCACAUGGGAGAUGUGGUUUGUCACAGGCGCUCUUUUCGUUUUGGUGGGAAUUGUGGUGUGGCUACUCGAACAUCGGACUAAUGAGGAAUUUCGAGGGCCUCCACGUAAUCAAAUCAUAACAAUAUUCUGGUUCAGCUUCUCAACAAUGUUCUUCUCACACAGGCAGAACACCGGAACCGCGCUCGGGCGUUUCGUGCUGAUCAUAUGGAUGUUCGUCGUGUUGAUCAUCACUUCAAGCUACACUGCCAGCUUGACGUCAAUCCUGACGGUCCAACAGCUCGCGACAGGAAUUACAGGACUUGAUAGUCUCAUAUCAAGCUCUUUACCUAUUGGAUACCAGACCGGAAAAUUCACCAAAAAAUACCUGAUGAUAAACCUCAACAUUCCUGAGUCUCGAUUGGUGCAUCUGAACACGAUCCAAGAAUACGCUGAUGCCCUUACCCGUGGACCAAAAAAUGGCGGCGUUGCUGCAAUUAUCGACGAGAAGCCAUAUAUCGAUAUCUUCCUGUCACACUACUGCAACUUCAAGAUUGUGGGACAGCAGUUCACAAGGGAAGGAUGGGGAUUUGCAUUCCAGAAAGAGUCCCCCCUUGCUGCAGAUAUGUCAACCGCCAUCCUUCAGCUUUCAGAGAGUGGCAAGCUUCAGAGCAUCCAUGACGAGUGGUUCACAAAGCCGAGCUGCGCCACCGACGAUGAGAGCAAUCUGGGAGCAACCAGGCUUGGCCUCGGAAGCUUCUGGGGCCUUUUCCUCAUCUGUGCCCUGAUCUGUCUCUUAGCUCUGGUGAUGUUCUUCAUACAAGUCUGCUGGCAGUACAAGCAGUACUCCAAUUCUGAAGAUGCUGAUGAGUCCAGUGCAGCUGGCGCUGAUGGUGCUGGCAAAAGACAGCGGAGGCUGUCAGGCCUUGGCAGCUUCAAAGAGAUAGUAAAGUUUGUCGACAUGAAGGAGGAGGAAAUCAUGAAGAAGUCGACGAAACGCCGGUCAGGCGAGAAAGAUAACCAUGCUGCAGGAUUGUCAUAUGCUCAAUCGGUGGCUUCAGCAUAGAACAUGCAUUCUUGCUGAUCGACUUCAAUACUUCAGAAGGCAAAGCAAGGAAGCACAAGACCAACGACAUAUAUAUUGAAUUGGGUUCUCGCCCAAAAGAAAAGUAGUACGAUGAUCUAACUUUUUUCCAGGACAAAAGGCUUUGGUUUAGGCCUCUAACAAUAAGCUACAGGUUGGUCAUUCCUUAAUCCGAAGGGGUUGGAAAGGGGAUGGCAAAUGUUGUAUCUGUGGUGUUUUGGAGACUGUUAACCAUACUUUCUUCUGUUGUGCCCUAGCCAAAGUGAUUUGGGCAAUCUUAAAGGAAGUGUUUGAACUGGAGUUUGUUCCUAGAUCUUUACAAGAGUUUUCAGAAAAGUGGUUACAUGGCAAGGGACCAUUGCCGUAUCGGCUUUUUCUGUUUUUGUUUGCUGGCUUUGCCUGGACGCUUUGGGUGACUAGAAAUAAGAUGGCUAUUGAAAAAGUUUUUCCUAAGGCGCCAACUGAUGUUUUGUAUGCUGCUUUAUCUCUGCUACAGAAGUGGAUCAUGCUGCUCAAGGAAAACGACAGAUGGAGAAUGUCCCAGGUGAAGGAUAUGGUGGUCUGCUGGAUGCGAAGUUUUAAGACAAACUUGAUGCCGACAGAUGUUUACGAAAUUUGAUCAGCUUGUCUAGUUCUUGUUGUUGGUUUGUUAUCAACUUAGCAGUUUGUAAUCCCAGUUUUGUAUCCAAACUACUUGCUUUCUUAAAAGCAGAGGUUUUUCCUCCAUAAAAAAAAGGCUUUGGUUUCGUUAUAGGA